AUGUCGUCAAUCAUCACUGCUGUCAAAGACCUCAUUUCCUCGAUGUUUGAGGUCGUAUUCUCCGUGUUCCGCGUCGCGUUCGAUACGGCGUCCGGGCUGGUCACGGCAGCAGUUAACUUCUUCAUUGGCACACUCAAGAUGGCGCUGCACACAGCGGCGAAUACUUUGAAAGCUGCAGGGGGAGUGGGCAAGUUUAUUGCCAGCAAUAUCGUUGUCAUCGCGCUCAUCGCCGGCGGUAUCUAUGCCUAUCUGCAGUACCAAGGCCGCCAAGGACGCCCCGCCAAGGUUGGAAACAAGAAAUUGAACUAG